AAAUAGAGGGGUGAAAUAUCUUGCGUUAUAACUGAGCGUAAGCUGCUCUGUCGCGCAUGCAGGAAUUAUGUAGCGCGUCCAACCAUGAUUCGGACGGAUUAGUGGGAGCGGCGCCGCAAACCACCGCCGAUAUCGAGCAGCGCCCCGCAUCGCAACUACGGCUUUGCAACUGCGUUGUCAAGCACAUUCCGAAACCAUGGCCAGCCAAGCGCAAGUAAACCCUAAGAGACAGCAGGAGCUCCAGCUCCAGUACUCAAAUUACAAAAACACUCUACAACAACUGGCUCAGAAGAUUGGUGACAUCGAGCAGGAAGCCGAAGAGCAUAAGCUUGUUAUCGAAACCCUCGAUCCUCUCCCAACUGAUCGGAAAUGCUUUCGCAUGGUGAACGGUGUUCUGGUUGAGCGGACAGUCGAGGAUGUCCUUCCGUCCCUCAAGACAAACUCGGAUGGAUUGAAGCAGGUUUUGGAGGAGUUAUUGAAACAGUACAAGUCGAAGCAGGCAGAUCUGGAUAACUGGAAGAAGAAGAAUAACAUCCAGGUUGUACAGCCUUAAAGCAACCAUACCUAUCUCUUAAUCGCAUAGCAGUUCUCUGCCCCCAUCUUCUUGAUGCAGUGUCAUAUAGGAAAAGUUCGGCGAUAGGAGGAAUGCAAGAGCGGUGUUAGCGGGAGUCUGGAGACUGAAUAUGGGCCUCUGCCUUUCAGCGACGCUAUGCAUUGCAAAGUCACCACGACGGUGGCUAUGGCUGUUUGAAGCUGGGCAUGCCGUGGGACAAGGACUAGAAGUUCCACACGUCAUCGAUAUGAGAAUGAGGCAAGUCGACAGGGGCAGGCGUUCUGCCACAAAUUGCUGCGGCCUCGGAUGCACUCGUGCCUAAUGGCAGUUCUGGGUUGGGGAAGGCUCCAUCAGGCCAUCCGUCAGGGAUGUGAAGCGUAGACGUUGAACUUCAGUCCAUGUUUGCCGGAAACUUAAUGUAUAUGAUAACAAUUCUUCUUCUUUGUUCAGUACUGAGCUUCCCUCC